GGCGUCGCACGCCGGCGCUGAGGGGCAGGCUUCCAGGAUGCUUGCCCGGAGCCCCCCGAGGUGUGUGAGCUCCCCGGUGCUGAUUGCUCUGCUCUGCUGCCUCCUUUCUCCCCCCGCAGGAGGCAGCAAGAGCUCGGAGGACAUCCGCUGCAAGUGCAUCUGCCCCCCGUACCGCAACGCCAGCGGCCACAUCUACAACAGGAACGUCUCCCAGAAGGACUGCACCUGCCUGCACGUGGUGCAGCCGAUGCCGGUGCCGGGCAGCGACGUGGAAGCCUACUGCCUGCUGUGUGAGUGCAAGUAUGAGGAGCGCAGCACCACCACCAUCAAGGUGAUCAUCAUCAUCUACCUGGCAGUGGUGGGGGCCCUGCUGCUCUACAUGGCCUUCCUGGUGCUGGUGGACCCCCUGCUCCGCAAGCCAGAUGCCUACAGCCAGCCCCUGCACAACCAGGAGGAGAAUGAGGAGGCUCGGUGCCUGGCUGCAGCCCCGGUGGGGCCCGGGGGCAGGGCCAACACGGUGCUGGAGAGGGUGGAGGGAGCCCAGCAGCGCUGGAAGCGGCAGGUGCAGGAGCAGCGCAAGACUGUGUUCGACCGCCACAAGAUGCUGAGCUAGGCCCCUGCGGAGCCCCUGCCAGCCCCCCCGGGGCAGGGGCAGCAGGGCAGCCCUCAGCACCCUCUGCUGCUGGGCUGCAAGCUCUCAGCCUCCGGCCUGCUGUCCUCAGAGGGAGAAGCAGCCCCUGCCGCUCUGCUGGCAGC